UUCUGAAAAUGGAGACCAUCACGGUAGAGGAAGGCCAAACGCUCACUCUAACGUGUGUUUCUUCUCUGACAAAAAAAGUCUCUCUCCAGUGGCUGGCUCCCUCUGGGUUCACCAUUUUUUUAAAUCAGCAUCCUGCUUUAAAAAGCUCCAAAUACCAGCUUCUUCACCAUUCGGCUACACAACUCUCCAUUAGUGUGUCCAAUGUAACUCUCCGAGAGGAAGGUGUGUAUACAUGCUUACACUACGGGAGUUCUGUGAAGACGAAGCAAGUGAGAGUGACCGUGUUAGUGACUCCUUUCCAGCCAACCGUGGAAGCUUUGGUUCUCAGAAGGCAGAAUGGAGAGAAAUCUGUUGUGCUGAAAUGUUCCACAGAGAGAAGCAAGCCCCCGCCACAAAUCACCUGGCUGCUGGGGGAAGGUCUGGAGAUCGAUGGUGAACUCCACCAUGAAUUUGAAGCUGAUGGGGAAAUAUGUAACACCACCAGCACGCUCAUAGCCCGCGCAUACGGCAAAAACUCAACCGUGCACUGCAUUAUCCAGCACGAGGGCUUGCAAGGGAGAAAGCUGGUUGCCCCCUUCCACUUUGAAGAUUUGGUUGCAGAUCAAGAAACAACUUCAGAUGCCCCUGAGCAGAGCUCUCUCUCCUCCCAAGCUCUCCAGCAGCCCACAAGUACAGUCUCAAUGAUGGAAAAUUCCAGUAUACCAGAGACUGACAAGGAAGAGAAAGAACAUGCCACUCAAGACCCUGGCUUGUCCACUGAAGCCAGUGCUCAGCAUACAGGACUGGCCCGGAGGAAGAGUGGCAUCCUGCUGCUCACGCUGGUGUCCUUCCUCAUUUUCAUCCUCUUCAUCAUCGUUCAGCUCUUCAUCAUGAAGCUGCGUAAAGCACACGUGGUAUGGAAGAAGGAAAGUGAAGUUUCAGAGCAAGCUCUAGAAAGUUACAGAUCAAGAUCUAACAACGAGGAGACAUCUUCCCAGGAGAAUAGCAGCCAGGCUCCCCAGUCUCAGCACUGCAUGAACUACAUCACGAGGUUAUACUCGGGAGCCAAAACAAAGAAGAGUGCCCAGCACUGGAAGCUAGGAGGCAAGCACAGCCGUGUCCCGGAGAGUAUUGUGUAGUGUUCCCUGCAAUAGAAGAUAGGAUUUCAGGGCAGCCGCAUCAGGCCCUGGAAAGGAUCAUAAGUACUGUGACAUGAAAAAAAUAGAAUGUCCAUUGAGUACAAUUCAAGACAGUGUCCAUUGAGCCAGGGCAGCCACAUGAGGACCAAGCCAUGGACAGAAAGCUCCUCGCUGAAAGAAAAACAUAGAAAGAACCUAUUAUGACUGACACUACCUCAGAGCUGGAGAACUCUGCUAAGUCUUUUUGGAUCAGGGUCAAAAUGACCAGUGAGCAGCUGACCUCGAAGGGAACAGCUUUUUAGACCUGGGGCUGGAGUGGAACUGUUUGAAUUGGUUUAAAAUCUUUCCUUCUGGUCAAGGAGAACUUAAGCAUGAGAAGUACCCCAAGGAGACCUGAGAUGCCAGCAGCCUGCUUUCAAGACAGCCUCCCAGAAGAGGUCUGAUGGGCAACAGAGAAACGUGGGAUGUCGCAGCAUGCGGUGGACAUGAUGCCCCAGAGAGCCACAAGUCUCAACUGAGUUCAACUGACAAGAGGCUUCCUGACUAACCAUGAGCCAACCUGACGGGCCACUUUUAUCCUAAUUACACCAUGGCAAAAGUAGGGACAGAAGCAAACCGUGAGUUUGGUUGACAGACUGUUGAAUUUGUGAAUGGCUUUUAGAAUUUUAAUAAAGACCAGAAUGUGUCUUUUUAGAGGCUGUCAUGCCCAUUGAUUAUCUGUGGGAAAAGUCCUUUUUGUAAAAAAAAAAAAAAAAAAA